GGUCCCCGCUCCCCCCCUCAGGUCCCCGCUCCGCGGCCGCUCCCUCUGAACCUUCCCCAAUGCAGUCCGAGUCGGGAAUCGUUCCGGAUUUUGAGGUCGGUGAGGAAUUUCAUGAAGAAGCGAAAACGUUUUACGAGCUGAAAAGCCAACCGCUCAACCGCAGGUUCAGCAAGAAAAGAUGGGCAAAUGCAGAAAAGAUCAGUCUCCUCAAUUCAUCAGAGCAGCAAGGAGCAGCCAAACCCCCAUUAACCUCCUCCAAUAUGACAUCACGAAUCCUGCUCCGGCAGCAGCUCAUGCGCGAUCAGAUGCAGGAGCAGGAGCGCCGGGAACAGCAGCAGGCAGCACAGUUCAUUCAGCAGCGAGUGCCAGUCAGCCCGACCCAGGCCAUCAACGUCAGCAUCUCCACCAGCCUGCCCACUGCCACUCAGGUGCCAAUGGAAGUCCUCAAGGUGCAAACCCACCUUGAAAAUCCAACCAAAUACCACAUUCAGCAGGCCCAGAGGCAGCAGGUAAAGCAGUAUCUGUCAACCACCUUGGGGAACAAGCUGACAAACCAUGCCUUGAGUAUGCCCUGUUCUAACCAGCCAAAUGAUCACGUAAUGCCUCCAGGACCUGGAAGCAGCGCACCUAACAGCCCUAUGGCUAUGCUCAACAUCGGUUCACACUGUGAGAAAGAGGUGUGGUUGCCGGAAAUGAAAAUGAUGGAUGAUGUAAUUGACGACAUUAUCAGUUUGGAGUCGAGUUAUAAUGAUGACAUUCUUGGACUCAUGGACCCAGGACUUCCAAUGGCUAAUACGUUGCCUGUGCCCGGUAACGUAUUAGAUGUCUACAACAAUCCAGGGAUGGUUGCCCCUUCCAUUGCUAUCAGCAACUCCUGCCCGGCUAACCUGCCUAACAUUAAAAGGGAACUCGCAGAGUCAAUGGUUGCAGGCAUGGAGCUCCAUUUUAAAAGUCCCUCAAUGAAAAUGCACAAUGCACUAUUACCAGAAGCUGAGGCCAGAGCGCUCGCUAAGGAGAGACAGAAAAAGGACAAUCAUAAUUUAAUUGAACGGAGGAGGAGAUUCAACAUUAAUGAUCGUAUAAAGGAGCUGGGCACAUUAAUUCCAAAGUCUAAUGAUCCGAGGACAUCUCAAAGCGCCCGACAGUGCCGGCUGGGCACCGGAUCUUUUCUAGUUGAUGUUUCAGAAAUUCAUCCUUAUCAACACCCUCCAAGUUGGGAUAUGCGUUGGAACAAGGGCACUAUUCUGAAAGCAUCAGUGGAUUAUAUCCGAAGGCUUCAAAAAGAACAACAUCGUGCGAAAGAGCUGGAGUCACGACAGAAGAAACUGGAGCACGCCAACAGGCAUUUAUUACUGAGGAUACAGGAACUUGAAAUGCAAGCCCGUGCUCAUGGACUUCAGUUGGUCAGCUCCUCUGGCCUCUGCUCACCAGAUCUCAGUGGCCGAUCCAUUAAACAAGAACCAGGGAUGGAUGAGCGCACCAGAGAUUGCUUACAGCCGCACUGCGAUCUGUCCCACACCACCACCUUGGAUCUAACCGAUGGAACUCUGAGCUUCAAUGAUAACCUUGGACAUGCCAUGGAUCCGAACACCAUCUACAAUGCCCCCACGAAAAUGGGAUCCAAACUCGAAGAUAUCCUGAUGGACGAUACUCUUUCCCCCGAUCCCCUGCUAUCAUCUGUGUCGCCUGGAGCUUCCAAGACGAGCAGUCGGAGAAGUAGCAUGAGCAUGGAAGACAGCGAAAACGGCUGUUAGCAAGAACAUUUUUUUUUACUAAUCUCCAUCUGGUACUUAACUCGUCCUUAGAGUUCUCUUUAUUUUUCUGAUUCAGUUUUAAAAAAAAACACACACAAUUCUCCAGAGUUGUAUUGCUAAGGUUCGCUUAAUCAGUUUGAUAAAGAGCUGGUAACAGUGGGAGUGAAGAGAGACAGGGAGGUAUGUUACACUGAAACCUAACAGGAAUCAUAGAAGACUGAACAGAGCUUUGGGGGGAAUGUAGAUCAUUGAUAUCACUCUAGAUGCGCAUUUAAAAGCCUUAAAGGUAAAUGAAGGAAAAUAAAUCAGUGUAUCUUUUAAUUUGUAUCUUUUCUAUUCUCAGUUUCAAACUUUUACUGAAAUGAUACUUUAAUUCAGUUUCACAGUCUGUUUUGAUUUUGCAUGACCAUGAUUUUUUUCAUGCUAGUUGAAGAUUUUUAUUUUAUUUUUGAUUAUAUAAUACGAAUGUGCAUAUGGCACUCUGCAAAUAGGGUAUUCAGUAUGGACGAUAAAUAUUUCUUCAGUACUUUAUUUUUUAGCGGAAGGCUUGUUGCAAUGGCCACAGGCGCUUAAGGAAGUCAGAGCGAGAUAUUUUUAGUGAAAUGUCUGCAUAUUUUGUAUAUCUAAACACAAUCCUAUUUAGACGUUUUUAAAUUAACUUUGCAAAUAAGAGAGCAUUACUUGUUCGAAAAGCAACAUGAUUGUAGUUCGGUGUAUCUAAGGUGAUGCUUAAAGUAGUUAACAUGAUGUGCUAUUUAUUUUAUUUUUUAAAAGGUAAGAGUGUAACUAUUAACAGAAAAACGUGCAGUCGUAGUAGGACCGCUAUCCUUCUCCUUAUCCAAUGAUACCCUUUCUGGUGGUAGUUGUACAUAGGUGUUGGGAGUCCCAACACUGCAGCCAAUGUUAAAAGUGAAAAACUGCUUUCUGCUUAUGAAAUUGUUACUUGAUAAUGUACAAUGCUCUUAAUAAGGUUAUUCAGAUAAUCUUCGUGAUUGUGUCUGUUGAUGAUAACGUCAGUUCAGGGGCGAAUAUUAGCUGAUUUGUUUGUUGCGAGGGAAGCAGAGGGAAUGCGAUGCACAUUUUUCUGCAGGAGCCACAAAGACCUUGUAACUAAACGGGUGAAUCAAGGCACGAGAGGGCCUAGGAGAUCUUGCACAUAGGUGAAAUAAAUUGUACCUCCUACUGUGAUUCCUUUACAUCCCACUCAUGACCCGCAUUAAUAGUGCACAAUACAGUAUUAAUGGUGCAAAUGUUUGGUGGAAAAUUUGUGUGGGAUUUUAUAUGGUAACAUACCCCUCCUCACCACCGCUUCAACAAAUCAGAUAAUAAAUGUCCAGCGUUUUUGUCCAGGCAAAUCAAUCAAACGAUUGCAACAAUGUUGACUCUAUUUAACUCCCAACAGGUGUUGUGAGAGUAGAGAUAUGAUGCUACAUCAUCUACUUUGAUGAUGUAGAUCUAUGCAAUUUCAGUAGAUGUAUUUGCAUUGAACUGUGCCUAGGUAAUUAUUUUACACUCAUACCAUUAAGUUGUGUGAAAAGUGUGAUGAAGAGAGAGAAUUUUUUAAUAGAUAAUUUAUGACGUACUGUAAGUGGCAGCGGAACAUAAUGAAUUCAGAAUGAAGUGCCUUAAAAUCUAUUGAUAGGUCUUUUGAUUAUGCACUGACUGAAGGGUGUAAUACAGGAUCGGUUGGCCUGUGUACGAGUACUUGUGAGUUCACUUGCUGCCUGAAUUCAGAAUGUGAGCUUCCAGUUUCUUCAAUGAUGUGAUUCAAAGUUUUAUUGACAUGGUGCCACCCUUCUGUGUAACUAACCUCAAAAGACUGCUUUUAAGUUUAAUCUGAAGGGAAAUGACUGCUAAGCCUAGUUCUGCCAAAAUCCUGGGACAGGAGACAACGUAUGCAAUACAGUAGAUUCUAAUGUUAAGUUGAAAAGCAAUAA